AUGAAGCUGGAGACAGCCCCAGAUAUGAGUGAGUGGCGAGAGGACGACUUUGCCCUCAACUGCACCUACAUCGUCCCUGACCAGACGUCAGACCCCAGCUUUGGCGUGCCCAAAGCCAUGACGUCCAUACCCCGCAACCUCACCUUUGAGUACAACACAGAGAAUGAGGUAGGAACUUAACUACAUACAAAUCACAUUAAGUAGCAUUUCUGUGAAUGUGCCAGAUUUAGAAAGCAGGAGGGAAUACAGUACAUGUUCACAGCCAAGUUACAUGUUUGUGCAUUGAAAUGUGCUGUGAUACACAAUCAUUUAGGUUGGACUUUUACUUGCACCUAACACAACCCUUGACUUCUGGCUGUCUCAGAUGAAUUUAGACUUCAUUAAUUAAUUCAGACUGAUAGAGUAUGCAAGACAUUCAUUAUUCUCUACAAACUACAAACAAUGCUCAUACUCUAUCAGUCUGAAUUAAUUAAUUCAGUCUAAAUUCAUCUGAGACAGCCAGAAGUCAAGGGUUGUGUUAGGUGCAAGCAAAAGUUGCUCCAUUCCAUUCCUAUGUCUGGUCCGUUUAGUGUGUCACAAUGGCCACCUCGUGGGAUCUCAGGUAAAAGGCCUAAACCUCUUUACUGUUACAAUGUCUCUAGGUCAGUGUGACAGUCAUGUCUCUGGGUCCACACACACACACACACACACACACAGGCUCGUACACAAAAUCCCAAGGCUAUGUGUGUCAGGAAAUCCGCUUAAUGGCUUGGCUUUAUAACUCUAUGACUCACCUGAGAAGGUAUCUGCCAGAGCAAGAGGUUUGAGACUGAGGGUCUCCUAAAAUGGACACCAUACUAUAAGUUUUCUGCAGAAUUUGCUCUAAUGAAAAUUGACCUUGAAAUUGUGGUUGAAAAGCCACCUCUUUCUUUUUGAAAAACAAAGGCCACCGUUCUCUCUAGCACACUUCUCACUUUGUCAUUCUUCACUUUUCCUGUGGUUGAUUAAGCAUUCUCUUGGUUCCUCUUUUUCUCAGUCUUUUCAUCCGAGCGACGCUUGUUUAGCUGUGAGCAUCUCUUCUCUUCCUCUCUCUGCUGCCUUUUCAGCCUAGGCCUGCGAGGUGUGAAAACUGUGGUUAUGAACUCAUGUUGAGGCUUUAUAUGACUGUUAGUCGCCUUCCACCCUCACAAAUUCAAAAAUCAGCCAAACCAGAUGCAGCAUGUUUCAUACACAGUGCAAGACUUCCCUUUUACACCAAGGGGUUGUGAGAAAUCUGUUCCUGUUUCAGAGGCAAAGUGACCCUCAACUCUCCUGUGUCCUUGCAAGCAAGACAGAUACAGUACUUGCACUUGCAAGCACAACUUUUCUUAUAUUAGUGUCUCACUGAAACAUACAUGUAAAGUACAACAUUUCAAACACGUUACAGUCAUUAACAUAUCCUUUGUCUUUUGGUAAGGUUGUCUUUGUUCCUCAGAGUAGCUUCCCUUUCUGAUAAUGGCAUCAUGGCAAUUUCUCCCCGGAUUAGUUGGAAUUUGCUUGGGCAAACCAUAUACCCUGUGGCGUUUUUAUGUCUUGUAUGUGUGUGUGUGUGUGUGUGUGUGUGUGUGUGUUUCCCAGCAAAGGUCACAGUGCCAGAGGGUGUGUGAGUCAGCAGGAAACAGACACAUAACAAUUUAAAUAAAAAUAAAACCUAUGCACUACCUAAUAGUCCUUGCCAGACAUUGGUUGUUACCAGUCAUUGUUUACAUUUACAUUUUAGUCAUUUAGCAGACGCUCUUAUCCAGAGCGACUUACAGUUAGUGAGUGCAUACAUUAAAAAAAAUGUUUUUGUCAUGCUGAUUGACGAUAAUGGAAAAGUACUACUUUGUUAGUAAGUUGUUAUUGAGCAACAGAAAGAGAAAUUCACAUUCAUUUUCAUAUGACCAUUUUAUUGUUGUCCUUUUUUUAGUUAUAAUGUACCUGUCUUAGGAGAAUAUAAAGUAAGCUGAUUUGAAUUGGUUGUACCAUUCUUUCGUAACCCUGAAGCGUGCCGGGGGUGCGAGGGCACACGUGGCAGAUGGGGCGUGGGGUGUUCCAAGAGAGGAGGGCUGAGCAGGAGGAGGGGGGUAAGUAGGUUAAGCUCCAACGAUUAACUUUCGUUUGGGGUGCAGGGCAGGCAUCGUCACGGGUCGCAUUUCUUCGCUGCGAGAGGACCUAUUCUGAGCAGGGACAGUUCCUCGUCUUCUUAUUAACCUGGCUGAGCGGUCGUUAAGCAUCAGCCCUGUUGCAGCUCAUUCAUUAGUCACGCUACACCGGGACCACACAAUGUCCCUGUCACACCCGCUCUCGUCUCUCCCUCCGUCACCCCUUGGCCAGGACGCAACAGAUCUUCUCCUUCCCCUCCCUCCCUCUCUCCCUUCAUCCCCCCUUCCUUCCUUCACUCUCUUCUCCUUGUCUGCCCUCUAUUACCCAUUUAUCACAAAACAUUGUCCAAAACUAAACGUUUUGUAACUGAAAGAUCAUCUGAGAAGUAUUACUGGUUCUCUCAUUGUGUUUACAUGUAAGGGCCAAGUAGGUAGACUUUGGAGCACAAGGAAGUAACUCUUGGCUAAAAAAAGUCCAUGUCCUCAUUAUAAAUUCAAUUUCGAGGGACGGGUUGCCCUGUAUCUCCUUCUUGGAAAAGGGGGGUUCAAGACAAAACCCCUUAAGACCCCCACGCUAUGGGUGCGUCCCACAGAUGCUCACUGCCAAGCGGGGGUGUCCCCAAACUUGAUUUGGAGACGACUUGUGCCUUAUUAAAACUUCCAUUACAUCCUAAAGAUUUGUGAGUCAUGCUGCCGUCAGGCCUCAGGGCAGUGAGUUUUACGAUAUUUCCUUGUUCCAGUUCUCGAGUUAACUGUGGAUGCAUUUUUUUCUUAACUUCAUGGGUGUAACUUUAGUCUGGUAAACUCUGACUCAGAGUGUAGACAUUGAACAUGUACCGAAGAGACAGGGAGACUGGUGAUGGUCAUUCUCGCUGUUGUACUCCACCUCGCCAGCAUGAUAAGUAGCAUGGAUUAGUGAUUGAUGAUGUAUUGUCUUGUGUUCUAGGUGACAGGCGUUUUCAGCAAAGAGUACAUUCCCCAAGGAACUCGUUUCGGGCCCCUGCAGGGUGACAUCUACACCAAAGACAACGUCCCCAAACAGGCCAACAGGAAAUACUUCUGGAGGGUGAGUUGGCAGAAUAACCGUUCAAGUUCACACACACACAGUUUGUUUAAUCAUGGCCCAAUUGUCCUCCUCAUUAAAGUUCAUAGUUAUUCCUAUCUUAUCCUAACAGGAUUCUGGCAGCAACAAAUCAGAGUUGUCAUACUCAAAGGAAACAGGAUUAACAAAAAUGCUUGCCAGAAUCAGUCAGCUGGAGUUGUAUAUCAAGACAUACUGUAAACACAGUCAUGAAACCACAUGAAUAAAAUGAUACUGUGGGUUUUAGGGGGGAAAUCUCAAUGCCUUAUCGAACAAGCUAUGGGAACUGUUUCUCGAAAGAGACCGGAAAAGAGAUUUGACAAAAAAACGUGUCCUAGUUUUCUUCUCCUAAUUAUUCUUAGACGAAGAAGCAAAAGUGGUUAAACAGUUUCACACCAAGUCAGUCAGUUCCCAUCUAAAACGAAACCAAAAUGCAUCGCACAGAAGCCCAGAGGUAUUCAGGGCUUUUGAACAGAUUUUUGGGGAAGUUGUGGAUCUUUACACGUACGCAACUAUAGCAUCCUUCACAGUAACACUAACCGCUUUCCCAGAGCUCAAUUCCUAUUCAACAAGUUUGACAUAUAGGAAGUGAUUGUUAGUGUCCGGCUCUCUCUCUCUCAUACACACUUUCUUCUCAUUCCCACACACCCUCGUCCUCUCUGUCUCCCGGCAGUGACUUGUGUCAUUCAGGAGUUUUCUCUGAGUCGUUUCCCCUUUGGUGCUUUCUGUCCUACGUUUUCACCUUUCUUCUGGCAUUUCCUCCUGUAAGCCAGACCCUUCCCGUCCUACUACUGCAAUAGUGAAAGUCUGACUUGCCUUGACAGUAUGUCAACAUUCUCACAGGCAGGUGUAGACGUGUGUGUCUGUGUGUGCCUGUGAGCACAUGCCACCAUCUACAGUACAGUAUGUGUGUGCUUGUGUGUCUGCCAACACAACCCCUCUUACAUUUCCUCAGGAGGUGCCAGUAAAAACAAUUACAGUGCACUCAAUAUUUAAUAAAUGAUUGAGAACUUGACAAGUGAGGAAAUGUAAUGGAAAUGCGGAGGGUUGUCAGCAUUGUGAUGUACUGUAUCUCCUGGUGGGAAGCAGCCAUUCAGUUCUGGGCAUAUUGAGAGAAACCCCCAACCAGAGUGAGAGAGAAAAGAAUAAACAAGCUCUUAGCCCCACCCCCUCUCAGUCAGUAUAACGUAGCAGCUGAUAAAAGCAGUGACGGUGCUGAUUUCACACCAGACAGUGACAGUAGCUCAGAAACACAGCACAAGUGGAACAAUAACCAUCUCAUUAGAAGAGGAUAUAGGAGACUAGUCUGUACAUGGCAGAGGUGAACUAUGCUUUCUAUAUAUAUAUCUAUAUACUUUGAUAACUGGCUGUCAGCUCAGCAACUCAACAACUACUAUGAAUAUUUCAGUCAUGAGUGAAUGUAACAAUACAAAGUUGUGUACUAACUCAUCUACUAAUGUGGUGUGUCUGAUGUGACACUACGUUUAAACACAAAUGUGUUUGUGCGUGUGUGUUCUAUUCUAUUAUUUUAUUGUAUUGUUAUAUUAUAUUCUAAUCACACUCUCCUCUUUUCCCUCUCAGAUCUAUAACAGGGGGCAGCUACACCACUUCAUCGACGGCUAUGACGUGCAGCGCAGCAACUGGAUGCGCUACGUCAACCCAGCACACUCGCUGUCCGAACAGAACCUGGUGGCGUGUCAGAAUGGACGUGACGUCUACUUCUACACCAUCCGGCCUGUGGAGGCCAAUCAGGAGCUGCUGGUGUGGUACAGCCAAGAGUUCGCCCAGAGACUGUGCAGCCAACCGGUAGACGAGCUCAAACAAAGUGAGUACCAUCUUUGCCCUCCUCUCAUCUGUUGACUCUCCUCAACUCCUCUUCUUAUUUCUUCCUCCUCUACCCUCAUCUUCCCCACCCUCUCCUCUUAUCUCCCCUCAUCUUCCCCACCCUCUCCUCUUAUCUCCCCUCAUCUUCCCCACCCUCUCCUCUUAUCUCCCCUCAUCUUCCCCACCCUCUCCUCUUAUCUCCCCUCAUCUUCCCCACCCUCUCCUCUUAUCUCCCCUCAUCUUUCUCUGUAUGCUCUCAUUUCAUUGCUUCUUCCAUCUACUCUCUAACUCUCUCUCUUUUCUGUGGCUCUACAAUACAGCACUAUUCUAUGUUAUGACACUUGAACUCAAUGAGAAACUGUUAGUGGGUGAGAGGACAAUGUAGUAAAAGACAGUCAGGUGCGAUGAACACAGACAGUUUUCUUUUCAUACCUAGAUCAGAUAAAAAUGGUAUUUAAAUCUGUCUGCUCGAUAAGAUGACACAAAAGUGAGCCAUUUUUGUCUGAUCACAGACUUUCAGGAUUAUUGUCUUCAAAGCAAACAAGAAGUAUCUUUCUCAUCUUGAAAAGAUCUCAGUGUUUAUCAGAUGGUAGACAAUGAGACUGAGUGUGACGGAAACGGUUACCUGUCUUAUUGAAUUUCUGGAGUGGGUGGCAUUGUUAUGGAAUACAUCCUGAGCCAUGGUUGGGUCAGCGAAACACAGAUUUACUGACAAAACACAAUAUACGGCUGCACCUGCCUUAAUGUAGAAGACAGCUCACCCACACACACUCACCCUUUUUUACACAACACAGGGAAAAUCUCAAAAGAAGUAGGAAAGUUUUCUUAACAAUGCCUGGUAUGGCAAGGUGUCCAUGCAUUACAUGACAAAUAGUUUUGUUGCCAGAAAAUCUGUAAGGAGACAUGCCCUCUUACACUAUAAUUACAUUGCACAGUCAUUCAACCUGUUGACUAAUGUUGACUAGGCUACAAUGACAUCAGCAUUUACACAGUCCUUUUUACUAUGUACUCCACACACUUGGCAAUCCCUGAUAAAGACUAUAGUAAAUAGGCUAGGCCUAAGAUUAAACAUAAAAAUAUAGGAUAAAAGUAGCCUAAAUUGAAUUAGUCUAUCCAAACACAUUUGGUUUAAAAUUACCAAUUUCUAGGCCUAAUAGAUGUCUUACAAUUCUUUCACUGAACAGGUUGCCACUGAACAGGUGAAAAUGGAAAGUUCAUGCCUAAACGUUGUAUUGUCACUCUAAUGCAUGGUUUAAUGCACUAUUGUAGCCUACAGUGGUUUGACUUUCCAUUUAAUCCUGGUUGUAAGGCAAUUCCUGUUAAACAAUAAGUAAUGCGCCAGUUAAGGUACACAGCUAUUCACAUAAAUCAGCAACCGGUUUUCUAUGACCACGAGCCAGUAAACAACUUUUUUUCUUUGCCCCGUGCCUAUGGUGUGUGCCUCACGUUCCAUGCACACAGGCAAUACCUGUUUUUUACCACAAGGUUUCCAAUUCGUUUUAGUAGAACUUCAAACAAGCCAACUAAAUGGCAGUGAUCUGCAGCCGCAUUUCCAAAUGUCUUUCUUCCUGAAGUUCUGAGAAAAAUACGCUUGUAGGGUAAUUCACACCUUGCGACAGAAACGUCCCAAAAAUGAAAGCUCUUUGUUUUACUAUCAAUCUUACAUGACACAUACCCACAUACACCCACACAUUAAACACACACACGCUUCUCAAAAUGAAAACAUUACUAUCAUAGUGCCAGACAGAAACCAUGGUAUCUUUGAAGUGUCAUCUAUAAACUGAAAACAUCAUCAUCGUUUACCAUAAGAAGAAGUGCCAGGGAGGAUGUGAGUGUAGUGUGUCAUUAGUCACUUCUCACCUCAUUAAGACUGUGAACUUUUGCAUUUGUCAAUCAGUACUCUCCUAUGAUAGAGUGAUAAGUAAAUAAUGUCUCAGUAGGUCUACACAAAGGAAGGACUGAAGUUGUAUUAUUGUGUGGAUUGGAUAGGUUGACAAUUGUUUUUGCAGCGUAUUUCAUACAUACUCAAACACAACCCACUGUAUUUGGCUUGUACCACUAUGUCUGACCUUGUGUUUUUUCUUCUUCCAUAGAACACAUAUGCGGAGAUGUCAGAGAAUCUGAGUUCACCAAACAACACCUACCUCAGCAGACCUGGCUCCUGGAAAAGAAGGACAAUAUGAAGGAUGAGAGAGAGGAUGAAGGAGAGGAAAGAAUCGACGUGGAGGUGCUGGAGAGAGACACUCCACCCGACACGCCAGACGACCAAAUCAUGGACUUCAGCCAGAAGAUGGAGAAGGAGGAGGUGACCCAGGACCACCAGGGAGCCAUACCCUCUCCUCAACCUGACCAGAGAGAGCCCAACCUGGCAUCUCACGUCUACGGUUUCCCUGAGCACCACCCUACUGCCCACUCCCCACACCGCGACCUUCCCCUCCACCUCCACGGGCUCUACAGCCACAGAGAGGGCCUAGUGUCCUCCUACCCCCUCUACCACCCCUCCAGACCCCUUCAAUCCCCCUACCAGCUUCUCCCCACAUACAGCAGCCCCCACUACCCCCAACCCCUCCUUCCCCAGUACUCCCCACCCUUCCCUGGGAUGCUCCCCUCCAGAGGCCCCCUGCAGUACAGCAGCUACCUGGGUAGCGAUGGACUUUCAUACCCCUCCAUGACCCACCAGCCUGGUCUGCUCCCAGUGCCUCUGCCCUACCUCGGAGCUACUCAGGGAGGGCUGAAGGAGAGGACCCCAAAUAUGUCACCUCCUCGUGGGGCCCCAGCCACCCCAGAGCUCUCCCCCCUGCCCAAGCAGGAGCACCAAACGCCCCCACAGUCACCCUCUGGCUGUGAGGAAGCCAUGAACCUCAGCCUGGCCAUGCCAAAGAGCAGCCCCUCACCACCCCCUGCCCCUGGGCACAAAUCCCUUCCCUACCCCCUGAAGAAACAGAAUGGCAAGAUCAAAUACGAGUGCAACGUCUGCCUCAAGACUUUCGGACAGCUGUCCAACCUCAAGGUGAGGAUUUCAUAGACAUAGGUCGUCCUUUUGAUUUCUUUGGUGGCCCAAUCUAAUCCUGUCUGUUAUUGUGGGUUCCUAUCUAAUCUAGGCAUUUUUCUUUUAGGUGCAUCUGAGAGUUCACAGUGGAGAGAGGCCUUACCAAUGUCACCUCUGUAAGAAGACCUUCACCCAGCUAGCCCACCUGCAGAAGCACAACCUGGUCCACACAGGAGAGAAACCACACAAGUGCACGGUUUGUUUGUGUUUUGAUCCGCUUUCUCCAGUCUACUUGACCUCUAGGACACACACACAAGACACACACACACACACACACACACACAAGACACACACAAACACACCCCUGCCCUGCCCCUGUGACGUAAGGAAUCCCUGGGCUUUUGUUGAACACUAUACUGUAACUAUGUGGGUGUGAUCAUGGCGUCAGUCCUAUGUUUAUUUUCAUGGUAGGGUUCUCCCACUAAAAAUAACCAGUCUAGGGUCAUACCCUGCUGGCACACAACCAGAGAAGGCCCUGUCUGGCUGGCAGACAAUAUAGAAACCCCGGAGCCUGGUCUCACCCAGUUGUUCUAAUGAUAUCACUAUCACAACAUCAUCCUAACCUGAACUCUCCUAUCUAUCUGUUCCUAUUCAUAUAGGUGUGUCACAAGCGCUUCAGCAGCACCAGCAACCUCAAGACCCACCUACGGCUCCACUCGGGUGAGAAGCCCUACGAGUGCAAGCUGUGCAGCACCAAGUUCACCCAGUACAUCCACCUCAAGCUGCACCGACGCCUGCAUAGCACCCGCGACCGCCCCUACCACUGCCCGCUCUGCGCCCACACCUUCCUCCACCGCUUCUCGCUGCGCGUCCACCAACGCAGCUGUUGCCCCGCCUCCGCCCGUGCCCACGCUAACCCCCAUGCCCACGCCCACAUCUGCGAGCUGGUCGAGCGCUUUGACACCAGCCCCGAGGCGGACACGCUGCCUGAAGGGGCAGGGCCGGCCCAGGUGGAAGCUGCAGUGGAGCACUGGGUGGCCCGGAGCUUGGAAGGGCGAGAGGGCAAGGAGGACCAGAGUGAAGCCACCCUGCUGCUCAAGGCCCUCACGGCGGCUAUUAACACCCCAGCUCCUCCCACCACCUCAUCUCAAAGCCCUACUUCAGCCUAUCAGGAGAGGGCUAGCGUGGUACACCUCUACAACCGGCCAAUGUUGAAGAUGCAAGGGCAGUAG